AUGAAAAUAAAUAGGCUUCCUUCCUUCCUUCCUUCCUUCCUUCUUUCCACCAUUCCUUCCUCUCGUUCUUCUCUCCCUCUUCCUUGCUACCCUCUUCCUUCCCCUUUCCUUCAUUCUUCUCUUUCUUCAUUCCUUCUUACACUCUUCCUUACUCUCUCCGUUCCUUACUUCUUCCCUCCCUUACUUCCUCCCUUACUUCUCUCCUCUCUUCAUUCUUACCCUCUUCCUCUCUCCCUCCCGUCCUUCUUUCCUUCCUUCCUUCCUCACAUCCUUCCUUCAUUCCUUCUUACACUCUUCCUUCCUCUCUCCCUUCCUUACUUCUUCCCUCCCUUACUUCCUGCCUUCCUUCUCUCCUCCCUUCCUUCUUACCCUCUUCCUUCACUCUCCCUAUUCCUUCCUACCCUCUUCAUUCUCCUCUUCCUUCAUCCCUUCUUACACUCUUCCUUCCUCUCUCUCUUCCUUACUUCUUCCCUCCCUUACUUCCUGCCUUCCUUCUCUCCUCUCUUCCUUCUUACCCUCUUCCUCUCUCCCUUCCUUACUUCUUCCCUCCCUUACUUCCUGCCUUCCUUCUUUCCUCUCUUCCUUCUUACCCUCUUCCUCUCUCCCUUCCUUACUUCUUCCCUCCCUUACUUCCUGCUUUCCUUCUCUCCUCUCUUCCUUCUUACCCUCUUCCUUCACUCUCCCUAUUCCUUCCUACCCUCUUCAUUCUCCUCUUCCUUCAUCCCUUCCUACACUCUUCCUUCCUCUCUCCCUUCCUUACUUCUUCUCUCCCUUACUUCCUCUCCUUUCUCUCCUCUAUUGCUUCCUACCCUCUUCCUUCCUUAUUUCCUUCUUUCUUUCUUCCUUCUUCUCUCCCUUACUUCCUCCCUUCCUUCUCUCCUCUCUUCCUUCUUACCCUCUUCCUUUCUCCCUUCCGUCCUUCUUUCCUUCCUUUCUUCCUUCCUUCCUACACUCUUCCUUCCACUCUUCCUUACUUACUUCUUCCCUCCCUUACUUAUUCCUUUCCUUCUCGCCUCUCUUCCUUCCUACCCUCUUCCUUCCUCCUUUCUUUGCUUCCUUCUUCUUUCCUUUCUUUCUUCCUGCCUCCUUUCCUUCCAUCCUUCCUACUCUCUUCUUCACUUCUUCCUUCGAUCUUUUCCUUCCUUUAUUCUUUCCUUCCUUCAACAUUCUUCCUUCUUCUCUUCCUUGCUUCCUUCCUUUCUUGCUUCCUUCCUUCCUACCCUCUUCUUUCUACGCUUCCUUCCUUCUUUCCUUCUUUUCCUUCCUUCCUUCCUUCCUUCCUUCCUUCCUUGUAUCUUUCUUUCGUUUUUACACAUUUUUCUCGUUUACAUUAUUUGCAAACUUCGCUUCCUUCAUUAA